GUAACUACAGCUGCCUGAAGGUGGAUCUGAUUUUCACGCGAGAUCGUGCCUUCUACUUCACGACGGUCUUCAUCCCGGGGAUCAUUCUGGUGACCAGCUCCUUCAUCACCUUCUGGCUCGAGUGGAACGCCGUGCCGGCGCGAGUGAUGAUCGGUGUGACGACGAUGCUCAACUUCUUCACGACGUCGAACGGUUUCCGGUCGACGCUGCCCGUCGUGUCGAAUCUGACUGCCAUGAACGUGUGGGACGGCGUCUGCAUGUGCUUCAUCUACGCCAGCCUGCUCGAGUUCGUUUGCGUGAACUACGUCGGCCGGAAGCGGCCGAUGCACAACGUCGUCUAUCGGCCAGGAGAGAAUCCCGUGACCCAG